UCAAAGAUGGCCGCGCCGGCCCCUCCCUCGCUCCAUGGGGCAGCUCUAUCCCUACUUCGUCACGGCCUCGCCUCUCUCCUGCUCCAAAGGGAGGAGGAGAGGCCGGGACGCGCUGCGGUCGCUGUGACGUCGGUGCGGCCGCUCGGUUGUGUUGCUUUGCAGGGCCGGAGAGACGCUCAGUCACAUCCUGUGUCCGCGACGCGUCUGGACCGAGCCCGGAUGUGCCGGAGCCGCGAAGCGACAUGGCGGACAAACAACUAACGGCCCAAGAGGAACGGGCAAUUGAAGAAUUUCUGGCUGAGUUAAAGAACCGGGAACAACCACAAGUGGUUACCGUGCCGCCAGACACUGCUGUGAAAUUUUUAAUGGCUCGGAAGUUUGAUGUUUCUAGAGCAAUUGAUUUGUUUCAAGCUUACAGAAACACAAGACUGAAAGAAGGGAUCUACAAUAUUAACCCAGAUGAAGAACCUUUACGCUCUGAGUUAUUGAGUGGUAAAUUUACAGUUUUGCCCGGAAGAGAUGCAAAUGGGGCAGCGUUAGCCCUGUUUACUGCUCGGCUUCAUCGGCCGGACGUGACCACGCACAAGGCUGUUCUACAGGCUAUUAUCUAUCAGCUAGAUAAAGCAAUUGAGAGGGUGGAGACUCAGCGCAAUGGGCUCAUAUUCAUCUACGAUAUGAUUAAUUCCACCUAUGGAAAUUUUGACUAUGAACUCUGUGUGAAGAUUUUGAACCUUUUGAAGGGUGCUUUUCCUGCACGGUUAAAAUGUGUUUUUAUUGUAUCCUCUCCUCUUUGGUUUCGAGCCCCAUUCGCUGUUCUUCGUCUCUUUGUCAGAGAAAAGCUGCGAGAACGGGUGCGAACAGUAAAAGCCCAUGAGCUGGUAAACCAUAUACCGAAGGACUCUUUACCAGAACAUUUGGGAGGUACAUCAAAAAUAAGCCAUGUGGCAUGGAUUCAGGCAUGUGUUAAUUCCAGACAAGGGCAAGAAAAUGGAGACUGCAUGGACCAUCUGUUUGUUAUAUACUCAUCUGAGCAAAACCCUGUGAGUGAUAGACUAAACUCUAAUUGCACCCAGCAGAAUGUGACUGAUAACACCAGACUUUUACACAAUCAUUACCAUGAAAACAGGACUAAGAAUUACGCAGAGGCACACAGAGUAGGCAGCUGUGUGCACUGGAAUGGGUCUGCCGUUAGCGGCAACUACGAUUGUUGUGACAAAAGCUCCAGUGCAAAUACAAAUUGCAGGAGGCCGCCUCCUCAAUCGGAGACUCCUCCGGACACUCCAUUGUAUAAGCAGCCUGCUGACAAUCCUUCCAUCCCACCUUUACCCCAGAAAUCUCGACCACUGCCUGCAGACACGGAGGUAUCCAUACACAUGCCAGAAGAAGGAGGUAUGACGGUACUUGGUUUGGUUCAACAUGUCAAGCGGAUGAAAAAGAGGGGCAUUUUUCAGGAGUAUGAAGAGAUUAGGAAGGAGCCACCAGUUAGCACAUUUGAUGUAUCAAAAAAGCCUUACAAUCAAUCAAAGAAUAGAUAUAGUGAUGUUUUGUGCCUGGACCAGUCAAGAGUUAAGCUAGGUCUCAUUGGAACUGAUGAGACAACAGACUAUAUAAACGCCAGUUUUAUGGAUGGAUAUAAAAGAAAAAAUGCCUACAUUGCAACACAAGGUCCGUUGCCUAAAACAUUUGAUGAUUUUUGGCGCAUGGUUUGGGAACAGAGAGUUUUAAUAAUUGUUAUGACAACAAGAGUAAUAGAAAGAGGUCGAAUAAAAUGUGGACAGUACUGGCCCCUUGAAGCUGGAAGAAGUGAAGAUUCUGGGCACUUCAUCAUCCGGAACAUCCAUAUAGAUCUUUUCCAAGACUUUAAACUAACGCACUUGGAUGUGUAUAAUAAGCAGACUGAUGAAAGCCGGAGUGUUGCGCAUUAUCAGUAUAUGAGCUGGCCUGACUUUGGCGUGCCUAAAUCUGCAUCUGCCAUGUUGGACUUUAGAGCCCAGGUAAAGCAGCACCAGGCAGUGGCUGUGCAAUCCUUGGGAUCUGAAUGGACUGGACACCCUGCAGGACCUCCAAUAGUGAUUCAUUGCAGUGCAGGCAUUGGGAGAACAGGUACCUUUUGUACUUUGGAUAUAUGCCUGUCCAGACUGGAAAACAUUGGAACAGUGGAUGUGUUGCAGACAGUGAAGAGAAUGAGAACUCAGCGUGCUUUCAGUAUUCAAACAUGGGAUCAAUAUUAUUUUUGUUACAUGGCGAUUAUCGAGUACGCACAAAGGAAAGGUCUCCUUGCUCCUGUGGAAUGGUCCGACACUGAAUUUGAGACGGAUAGUGAAUGAUGAUUUCCUCUCCACGGUACUAAGAAAUGCUAUGUGGGUGCAUCCAAGGUCAUAGCUGGUCCAGUAAUAGUUGGCAGUGCUGGAUGUCUCUGCUCCCAUGCUGCCAUGCAGUGACGUGCAGGCCCCUUCCGUACACUGCUUUGUUUGAGCUAUUAAUGCACUGGAAAGUGUCAUAAUUUAUUGUAGCAUGAAUGCAAUGGGAUAACUUGCACACCGUUUCCGAGACUUGAACUUUAAGUGUACUUUUUUUUUUUUCUUUGCUGUUGUGCGCUGGAAGAAUUGCGUAUAUGGAAUGUGUCACAAAUCCCUUUUGUAAAGUGUGUAGUAACUUGUAGAUUUGUUUAGUCCUUUUGAUGAACUUUAUGUAAAUUCUAAUGUGUUCUCUAAAGACGGCUUCAAAUUCUACAUACAAUCAAUGACACCAAGUAGAGGUCCACAUACCUGGUCACUUUGGCACUGUUGUAAAUUUCUGUACAGCCUGUUUAAACACGAUACAAAGGUCACCACAGCCGUAAGAAUGACUAGCGAAAGUUCUGUUCAAGCGAAAUCAUGAAGUGUUAUGCAAAUUCUUACUAAUUUACCUUAAUUCUCUCAGCAGUGAAAGGGUUAAGA